AAUUGAUUUCAGGUUUGGUUAUAGUAGAAACUUUUAUUGAGAACUGGCACCAGUUGCUGGAAUAUUUGUUGAAGCAUGAUUUCUGUCAGAAGUUCACUUGGAUUAGCACUCAUCCUAAUCACAUUUUCAUCAGUUAUAGCACAACAGGAUAGAGAACAACGAUUCUUAUCGAAAGGCGUUACAGGACUGGCAAGCUACUUUUACCCGGUGGCCAGUAAACUGUUCUACCAGCCAGCAGCCGUGGGAAACCAUUGUGGCCACCCGGACAAUUGCCCCAUUCACCACUGCAGGGUUGACGACACCGUCAUUCUAGGAUUUUGCUGCGGUUGUGCCAGGGUCUCUGACAGUGUUCCAGUGAGAUGUCCUCCAUUCCUGACCUGCCCACCGACUCCUCAGCCACUCUGCUCGCAAUAUGACUGGAUGAUGGAUUGCUGUUGUUAAUCUACAUUUUUAUAUCAAUAUAAUAAUGAAGAUUUCAAUUGAAAUUCCUAAUUGAUCCCUGAUUGUUGAGCCACGAGAAAAAGCUCGGCUGACUAAGCCGCUGCAUUAAAAAUAAUGAUGAAGAUUUCAAUCGAAAUUCCGAAUUGUUCUCUUUGUAAAGAUGGUUGAGCCACGAAAAAAAGUUUGCCUGUUUUUAAGCCGCUGCAAUUUCAAGCUUUUUAAUAAAUGAAAACUCAUAUAUAAAUAGUCAACCACUUUUCUAUUUGUGUUUUCAAUUAUGGAAAAAUAAACACAACACAACUGUAAUUUUUUUAAUAGAAUUUGUUAAUUAUGCAUUGACAUUGUGAAACUUCUGCUGAUCUUAAAGAUAAAGAUGAACUACAGCUGAAAAUGUAUUGGUUUCAACACGAAACUGCAGUUCUGUCAAUAAAUGUGGAAUUUACUAGAAAUAAAUAGUGUUUUUUCAGUUCAAGCUUUUUCUUGGACUGAACCAUGUAUAUUUUCCUUUUUACCAUUGCUUGUCAGAGAUACAGUUAUUAUAACACAGUUUAUAGUAACUGUAAUUUAAUAAAUGCGGAUUUGACUACAAUAUAACUGCGUUUUUUUCAAUUCAAGCUUUUUUGUGACUGAACCAUCUUUAUACCUCCCUUGUUACCAUUGCUUGCCAAUGUUAUAACUUAUAACAAAUAUAGGCCCGGUUUCUAGGACACUUCUUAAAUCUAAUGGACCAUUAAUAUAAAUCUAAAGGUUUAAUAGUUUCACUGAUUUGAGAAGUGUACUACAACUCGGGCCAUAGUCUAUAUGCUUCGUUCAUAAAAUAUACAUUUCAGAAUAUUUAUAGAAAUAAAUACUGAUUUCUAGAUAAU